AUUCACGUCUGAGACCUCCUGAGGACACGGUGGAGGAGUUUAUCAGAACCUGCAGACAUCACAGACGUUACGGCGCUCCGGGGAUGAAGGCAGAGCCUGAACUGUGCAGCAGGACGGGAGCCUGAGAACACUUUGUCAGCAGGUGUGUGUGGAGCAGGAUGGGCUGCACAUGCAGUGGUCACAAAGACAUCCAGGAAAGAACUUUCUACAAAGUGAAAGACAGCUCUGCGGCCUCAUCGAACCACACAGCUCCGAGCGGGAACACCUACACGGACCACGAAGACGUGGUGUUCUUGGCCCAACACGACUUCAAGGCGACCAACGACAGCGAUCUGCCGUUCAGGAAAGGAGACCGGCUCAGAGUUCUGCAGGAGAACGGAGAGUGGUGGUUGGCCAAAUCUCUGGUGAGCGGCCAGGAAGGAUUCAUACCGUCCAACUAUGUGGCCCGAGCAGAUACUCUGGAGGUGGAGAAGUGGUUUUUCAAAGAUCUGAGCCGAAGAGAAACCGAGCGACUGCUGUUGGCUCCUGGAAACAAACCCGGAGCUUUUCUGGUCCGAGAGAGUGAAACCUGCAAAGGCUCGUUCUCGCUGUCGAUCCGAGACCAGGGAGCAGAACACGGAGAUGUGGUGAAACACUACAAGAUCCGCUGUCUGGAUAAAGGUGGCUACUACAUCUCCCCGUCCAACACCUUCCCAACCCUGCAGGAGCUGGUCCGAUACUACAGCCGGGAUUCGGACGGUCUGUGCCAGCGGCUCUACGCUCCCUGCAAACCCAAAGCUCCUCAGCAGCCGUGGGCUCACGACGAGUGGGAGAUCCCCAGAGAGACGCUGAAGAUGGUGAAGAAGCUUGGAGCUGGUCAGUUUGGGGAGGUCUGGAUGGGUUACUACAAGAACAACCAGAAAGUGGCCAUAAAGACCCUGAAGGAGGGAACCAUGGAGCCCGAGGCCUUCCUGCAGGAGGCCAACCUCAUGAAGCAGCUGCAGCACCAGCGCCUCGUACGGCUUCACGCCGUCGUCACCAAGGAGCCCAUCCUCAUCGUCACCGAGUUCAUGGUCAAUGGAUGUCUGCUGGACUUUCUGAAAACAGACGAAGGAAAGAAGUUGAAGCUGAACAAGCUGAUCGACAUGUCGGCUCAGGUGGCCGAGGGAAUGGCCUACAUCGAGAAGAAGAACUACAUCCACCGAGACCUGCGCGCGGCCAACAUCCUGGUCAGCGACACGCUGCACUGCAAGAUCGCCGACUUCGGCCUCGCCAGGAUCAUCGAGUCGGAGUACACGGCUCAGGAAGGAGCCAAGUUCCCCAUCAAGUGGACUGCUCCAGAGGCCAUCAACUUCGGAACCUUCAGCAUCAAGUCAGAUGUCUGGUCCUUUGGGAUCCUGCUGACGGAGAUGGUGACCUACGGCCGGAUCCCGUAUCCAGGCAUGACCAACCCGGAUGUGAUCCGCUGUCUGGACCGGUUCUACCGGAUGCCGUGUCCGGACGGCUGCCCCCCGGAGCUCUACGACGUCAUGAUGAUGUGCUGGAAGCAGAAACCCGAUGACCGGCCCACCUUCGACUUCCUGCAGAACGUUCUGAACGACUUCUUCAUCGCCACUGAAGGACAGUACGAGAUGCAGCCCUGACAGCACAACCUGGACCCAGAACCUGAACCCAGAACCUUCAGAAAACCUGGACACAGAACCUGGAUAGACAUCUGAUCAUAAAACCUGAAGACAAAACCUUAUCACAAAACCUGAACAGAACCUAAACAUAGAACUUGAAGACAGAAACUGAUCACAGAACCCGAUGACCGGCCCGCCUUCGAGUUCCUGCACAAUGUUCUAAACGACUUCUGAGGGACACCAAGGGACAGUAUGAGAUGCGCAGAACCUGGACAGAACCUGGACAGAACCUGAGCAGGCGUCUGGACCUCUCUGACUGAUGACGGGUUCUUUCAAACCAUCCACCUGUUUCAGUUUCAUCUCACUGACGUUCCUUCAGCUGCUCCUGAGGGAACCACAGACCAUGAGGACCGUUACAACCACGAACAGAACGUUCAGGACGUAAGCCAGCGUUUGGACCUGAGGAGGAGCUCCAGGUGGGUUUAAAUGGUACCAAGACGAGCAGCCUGAGACUUAAAGCACAAUUAUUUGCACUUUUUAUAUUUCAGCUGAUCAGUAAAAGCAGCUUUUAAGAAAACGUUUCUGCAUUUAUGUGUUUUA